GUCUUUGGGCCUUGCUCUCGGCAUUGUCGUGCUGUUGACAAGCGCGUUGGUGGCACAGAUUCUCUCGCUCAUGAUUGUGCCCGGUGCCAUUUUCGGGCUGCUUUGGGAGAUGCCGGGCAUAGGCGACAUCUUGUCCUAUGCAGUGAGGUACCAGACCUUCCAGUG